GUUGGGUUGUUUCGGGGUAGUCGGGGGAUUUCGCUGGGCGGCAAUUGGGUUGGGGCCCCGGUGGCUACUGUGUGUUGUGUGUGGCUGCUGCCGGGGCUGGGGUUCGAGCAUGGGGUGACUAUCUUGUCUUUCUCUGCUGUUGGGGAGGUUUGGGAUCCGGCACAUCCAAGUUUGGCUAGUGGUGUUAGCCGGAUUUCGGUUGUUCUGGUCGGGGUUUCCGUGCUGGUUCUCCCUGCCUUUUGUAUAGGCCUCGUGCAGUUUCGGGGGAGGGUCUUGGCUAGGGGCCUG